CAUCUCUAAUACUGACGUAGGUGCAAAACCUGGAAAAUUGUAAGGUGAAGUGAAAAUUGCAAAAAAAAGUGAAAAAAGAUAUAAUAUUUGGCAAAUAAUUGUGCAAUUCAAGUGCUGAUAAAGAUGAACAUGUAUAACGGACAGGUAAAUGGUUACAUGGGAGGUGCACCAACCGGUGGUAUGCCCAACAAUCGCAUGGGCGCCAGCGGAGGUGCUGGAAUGUUCCAGCGCAAUCGAUCGGCUCCAUACAUUCGUGGUGGACCCGGCGGCGGCGGCGGUGGUGGAUUUAAUGGUGGUCGCAUGAAUAUGGGCGGCCCAGGAGCACGCGACGGUAGCGGAUUUGGCGGUGGUCAGAACAGUAAUCGCACCUCAACUCAUGGCGCUCAUUUGCCGUCAAUUGUUUGGUCAGAGGUGUCGCUCACCCCGUUCCGCAAGAAUUUCUACAAGCCGUGCGAGUCCGUAUUGGCUCGCACACAAGGCGAAACGGAAACGUUUUUGAGCAGCAACGAGAUUACCAUUAAAGGCAAUGAAGUGCCCACUCCCAGCAUUGAGUUUGAGGAGGGCGGCUUUCCUGACUAUGUCAUGAAUGAGAUUCGCAAGCAGGGUUUCACCAAGCCCACGGCCAUUCAGGCUCAGGGCAUGCCAAUCGCUUUAAGCGGACGUGAUCUUGUCGCUGUAGCUCAAACCGGCUCCGGCAAGACUUUGGCCUACGUGCUGCCCGCCGUAGUUCACAUUAACAAUCAGCCGCGCUUGGAGCGCGGAGAUGGACCCAUUGCCCUUGUGCUGGCCCCAACUCGCGAGCUGGCCCAGCAGAUACAGCAGGUGGCCAGCGAGUUUGGCUCCAAUACGCAGGUGCGCAACACUUGCAUCUUUGGCGGCGCCCCCAAGGGCCAGCAAGCUCGCGAUCUGGAGCGAGGCGUUGAAAUUGUUAUAGCGACACCGGGACGCCUUAUUGAUUUUCUGGAGCGCGGCACAACCACACUAAAACGCUGCACUUACCUUGUGUUGGACGAGGCCGAUCGCAUGCUGGACAUGGGCUUUGAGCCACAGAUCCGCAAAAUAAUGCAGCAGAUACGCCCCGAUCGCCAGGUACUCAUGUGGUCCGCCACAUGGCCAAAGGAGGUGCGCCAGCUGGCCGAAGAGUUUCUCAACAAUUACAUUCAGGUCAACAUUGGCUCGCUAUCGCUGAGCGCCAAUCACAAUAUACUCCAGAUUGUCGAUGUCUGCGAUGAGUCCGAGAAGAUUGUCAAGCUGAUACAGCUGCUUACCCAGAUCUCUGGCGAGAACGAGACCAAGACCAUCAUAUUUGUGGAGACCAAGAAGCGUGUCGAUGAGAUAACACGCAAUAUUUCACGUCAGGGCUGGCGCGCAUGUGCCAUACACGGCGACAAGUCGCAACAGGAGCGCGACUUUGUUCUAUCCAGUUUCCGCAAUGGACGCCACUCCAUACUGGUGGCCACCGAUGUGGCUGCGCGCGGAUUGGACGUUGACGAUGUCAAGUUUGUGAUCAAUUAUGAUUAUCCUUCGAACUCGGAGGAUUAUGUGCACCGCAUCGGACGUACCGGACGCUCCAAUAAUACAGGCACAGCCUAUACUCUAUUCACGAACUCCAAUGCCAACAAGGCCAAUGAUUUGAUUCAGGUGCUGCGCGAGGCCAAUCAGACUAUCAAUCCAAAGCUGAUGAAUAUGGCCGCUAGCGGUGGUUAUCAGAAGCGCGGCGGCAUGGGUUAUCGCGGCAACAGUGGUGGCUACCAGGGACGCAAUCCGCAAAUGGGCGGAGCUGGAAACUAUCGCAACAAUCAGAAUAAUAACAACAAUAUGCAUAGAAAUGGAAACGGCAACAGCGGUGGCUACAAUCCGGGCGGUCCGCCACGUUACGAUCAGAAGCCGUCGCGCACUUCGCCGCCUGCUCCAGGCGCUGGUUAUCGUCCACCAGGCGGUGGCUAUCAACAACAGCAGCAGCAGCAACAGCAGCAGCCGUCACAGCAGUCCAAUGGGGUACAGUUCUCGCGCUUCAAUCCGAAUGCUGCUUGCUUUGAGCCCAAGUCACCGGCACCAGGUGUCCAACAGCAUCAGGCGCCACAUUUGGCCGCAGCUCAGGCAGCUGCGGCCGCCGCCGCUGGAUAUGGCUAUGGUAUCGAACAGAAACGCUCUCGGUUUGCCCUGAACUUCAAUAUGCCUCCGCCACCGAUUGCACAGCAGCAGCAGCAGCAGCAACAGCAGCAACAACAGCAGCCGCAGCCGCAACAGCAGCCACAACAACCACAACAGCAGCAGGUGCCGGUUGGCGGUGCAGCUACCUUGCCGCCCCAGGCAUACGGACAGUAUACAAGCAUGUCUAGCAGCAUGGCGACGGUGUCCCUAAAUGGAGGCGCACCCAGUAUACCGGCCAGCGCCUAUCGAGCCCCAUAUGCGAUGCCGUACGUGAUGCAGCCUCCACCAUUACCCGUACAAAACUAAAAAUCGUAAAGCCAAAUUGUACGAGCUAAAAUAACUGGACCUUAGUAUUACUUGGUCUUUGUUCUUUUUGCUCAAAUAAAAUUUCCUUUCCUAAUCACUAACACCAAGACACACAUACACACCCACGCACAUACAUACACAGACACAGACACACACACAGACAGACACGAACACACACACAGGCACAUACAGAACAGAAACAUACACAUCAGCGUAAGAAACUUGAGUAUAGAUUUAAAUCUUAGAAACACUCUAAGGUCCCAGACUUGUGUAGAUCUCCUCCGCCCACACAUACAUAUUAGCAAUAUAAUAUGGUUUAAACUGGAAUCAAAUACGCUUGCAAUUUGAUAAAUUCCCUUCACGUUUCUAUAUAUACAUUUAAUCAUCAAAUCUAACACGUAGUUAUUAGGCAUUGUUUAGUCGAAACAUUUGGGCAAACGUUUGCCAAACAUCAUUUGGCAUUUAGCUUAUUAUAAUGAGCCCCCAGCGUAUUUGAUUUCUGUAACUAUUCUCGAAUAACUCUAUUCUAUCGAUAAUGCAUAAUUUUCGAAUUUGCAAUGCUCCAAGCGACACUGACACAGAGACAAACAAAAUAUAAUGUCAAUUUCUUAGAAUCAAAUGCGUAUUAUAUCAUCUUAAACCAUAUUAUGUGACUAGUCUAAUUGCUUAGCUGAAACUUACACAACAAUUUUCACGAUAACAACACCAGAAAAAUAACAAUAAAAUAAAUGUAUAAUUCCAUUAUAUGUAAACGUAUGAAUUGAUUUACAACUUAUGAAUAAAGGAGUUCAUUAAACAUCA